AUGGGCAACAAGGCGGACGAACUGCGAAAGCAGGGCAAACAUGUGAUUCUAUCCUGGGAAGAAAGCAUUGGAUUUAUGCCUGGACAUCCAUUGGACAAGGAUGGAAUAAGCACAGCUGCAAUGUUCGCGGAGAUGGCCGCAUGGUUGGAAACGCAGAAGAAGACCCUACAAGAUCAACUCUUUGAAAUCUACAACAAAUAUGGUUUCCACCUUGUUCGUUCGUCGUACUGGUUCACUCCAAGUCCUGCAGUGACCAAAGAACUAUUCGCCUCAUUGCGAAAAGAUUUGAAGUUCCCCGACAAGAUUGGACCACACAAGGUGAAGACCGUAAGGGACCUUACAAUCGGAUACGACAACUCGCAACCGGGAAAUAAGCCCGUACUACCACUGUCGACGUCUGCCGAAAUGAUCACAUUCAAUUUGGAAAAUGGAAGUGUCGCCACUCUGCGUGCAUCCGGUACUGAACCGAAGAUCAAGUACUACAUCGAAUUGAAGACAGCACCUGGCAAGAAGGAAAGCGACCUUGCCGAUGUGAUGGCGGAUCUGGAAGAUCUUGAGAGCGCCGUUGUGGACACAUUACUUCGACCGAAACAAUUCGGUCUUAUUGCUCGUAAAUAA